AAUGAUAAUGAUGCAGUGUGACGAGGCGAGGGAGUAGUUGCACUCAGGUCGUCCUCGCCCUCGACAUCUCCAACUCCACAAUUUCAGAGAUUAUUUCGAGUGCGAAUACUAUAUCAAACACCAAAAUGGACUCAACCGAUCUAACAAUUCUGCAGAUCAAUCUUAUCGGUUGUUAUUGACGCGAGUGAGGUUUCAGUUAACAACAUCAAUAAUUGUGCUCAAUUGGGAGGAAAGAUGUUUCGACAUAGACGUGCUCAGAUGAAAGCCCCUUCAACGAGACAUUUCCAUGUACAAAAAGAAGGGUUAACACACUGAAUGGACCUUUCAUUUGUCAACUUUGUGUAUCACUAAUCUUGUGUCAAAGGAGUGUCAAGGGACGGUAGGAAUUGCUCUCACAGACAUUGUAGAGAGCCAUUCGAAAUUCAUGAGGAAGACAAUGACUGGAAAAAUGAACGCAAUGAGUGCUCAAGCCUCAUCGGAAAAUGGAACUGAUCAUGAGUGCGGAUGGCAGGAGUGUGCGAGCUGGCUGACAAGAUGUGGUGCAUUGCGCGCUGAUCACAAGGCUAAUUGGCCCACUGCAACAGCUUUCGAUCUUGCCUACACCCUCAGAGAUGGGGUUUUGUUGUGCAAUUUGUUAAACCUCGUUGAUACUGGGUGCAUCGACAUUAAGGAUGUCAGCCAAAAACCCCAACUCGCCCAGUUCUUGUGUCUGAGAAAUAUCAAAUUGUUUCUCAGCGUUUGUUCUUCUACUUUUGGACUCUCUGACUCGGAUCUCUUCGAAGCUUCAGUUCUCUUUGAUCUUUCGAAUUUCCAUCAAGUCCUCUGCACACUUUCUGCCCUGUCUUACUCAUCCAAGUUCAGGCGCAAAGGGAUCCCGGGAUUUUCCGUUGGCACAGAGAGGUCUCAUGAAGAUGCCUACAAGGACCUUCAGAGCGCUGGGAUCGGACGAGAGAAUGAGGGCCGGCGAAGAAGGUUACGCAGGAGAGAUGGGGAAGAGGCAGGUUGUGGGAUGGGGGUCGACGGCGAUGAUGCUGUCAAUGAGGAGGACGGUUACGGGGUGUUUUGCAGUCAUGCACAGAGUGAAGAAAUCUACCAGGAUUUGUGUAGUCUACACUUGCCACCUCCCCCAUCUUCUGUGCAGGGCGGGGCAAUUGCCGGUGGGGAAAAGCGAGAUUACGUGAUCCAGGAGUUGGUAGAGACCGAGAAAAAUUAUUCCGAGGUAUUGAACAGUCUCAUCCGACACUUUCAAAGGCCCCUGCUCUCACUGUUGCGUCCCGAGGACGCCUCGAGAAUAUUUUUCGGUAUAAAAGACCUCGCGGAGAUCCACGGGGGUGUACACUGUCAAUUGCGAAAGGCCAGGGAUGGUGCUGCAAUUGCCCAAGUAUUCCUGGACUGGCGGGAAAAAUUUCUCAUCUAUGGAGACUACUGUGCCAAUCUGACACUAGCUCAGAACACACUUCAGGAAGCCUGUGCUAAAAAUGAACUUGUAAAUCAGGAGGUGAUUAAAUGCCAACAGGAAGCCAAUAAUGGAAAGUUUAAAUUACGUGACAUUCUGUCAGUUCCAAUGCAGAGGGUUCUCAAGUACCACUUGCUGUUGGAUAAAUUGGUCGAGGAGACACCCAAGGAGUGGACUGAUGAUCUUCGACAACUGGCGAAGGCCAGGGAAGUCAUGGUCGAUGUUGCUCAAUAUAUUAAUGAAGUCAAGAGGGAUUCCGAUACUCUAGAUAUUAUUAAGGAUAUACAGGCGUCUAUUGUGGAUUGGGAGGUCCCUGAGGACACGCAGCUGAAAGAUUUUGGCCGUUUACUUAGGGAUGGAGAGUUGAAAGUAAAAGCACAUGGAGAUCAGAGACUGAAAGCUCGUUAUGCCUUCAUCUUCGAGCAAGCAGUGCUCGUGUGCAAAGCUGGAAGAGGUGACCAGUAUUGCUACCGUGAGACCCUCAGACUAGACGACUAUCGACUGGAGGUUCCCGUUACACGCAAGACUUUGGGAAGAGACGCGCGAUGGUCUUACCAGUGGUUACUUGUUCACAAACACGCUUAUACCGCUUAUACAUUGUAUGCAAGGACUGAGGAGCUCAAGCAGAUGUGGAUCAAGGCUCUCCAGGAUGCUAUUGACAAUGUCAGUCCUGCCGCUUGUCGUCAGACUAAUCAUAAAUUUCGAUUGACCACAUUCGAAAGUGCAAGGAGUUGCCAGAGGUGUGGGAAAUUCCUCAAGGGCCGAAUCUUUCAGGGCUAUUGUUGUGAAGUUUGUCGACUUGCUGUCCACAAACAAUGCAUUUCCUACGCUGGACGAUGCAUGCCUAUUCCACCACCACCUCCACCACCGCCUCCUCUUCCCUGUGAACGGGCAUUAUCCGCUAAAUUAUGGUUUGUCGGGGAGUUGGGAAGGGAUCGGGCUGCCCAUAAAUUGGAAGCACGAGAGGAUGGAACUUACAUGCUGAGGGUGCGACCAACCGGGCUGCCGAGAUUAAAACAUGAAACCAAUUAUGCACUCAGUAUCAAAGCUGAUGGCGCAGUAAAACACAUUAGAGUAUUCAAACGUGACGUUGACGGUGCUGACUUGUAUUACCUGAGUGAAUCACGUUUUUUCAAGAGUGUGGUCGAAUUAGUAGAAUAUUACGAGCGCGCGUCACUCUCUGAGAACUUCGAGAAGCUUGAUCAGCGGCUGUUGUGGCCCUUCAGGCGGGUACUAGCCAAAGCCCUUUUCGAUUUUCGUCCUAAUGAGCGCAAUCAGUUGAACCUUCGCAGAGGAUGUCGAGUCGUUGUUCUUAGCAAGGAGGGGGAUGCAAGGGGUUGGUGGAAGGGAAAAAUUGGCGAUCAAGUUGGUUUUUUCCCCAAGGAGUACGUUGAGGAGGAGUAGACAGCAAUUACCACCGUCAGUAGUAUAUGAAGAAUUAUUUUCUAAUCGUAAGGGCAUGUGGGAUGUACAGCAGAACAAUAAUUCUUCAAUCAGUAGAGAUUCUAAUUUAAAAUGCUUUAUUUUGGUGCAAAAUUUGUUAGCAAUGAAAUUGUUUUAGAUGGAAUGCAAUGCCUGAGAGGUGAUCCUCGAGACAUAGUCUCAGGAUUGUUGACAUGAUUUUAGAGAUUUUUUAUACGGCUUCCGAAUGGACGCAUUGUAAUGGUUUUAUUUUUAGAUUUUUUUAUUUUAUGUCACAGUCAUGUACAAUAGUUUGAAAUAUGAAAGUAUAAUACCAACUUGCUCCUUGGCAGGCAGUUUCUUCAGACCUUCAUAUUUCGUAUUGAAAAUGGGCUAAAUCAUUUGAAAAUAUGCCAUCAAUUUAUUGAUGAACGAUUUAAGCUUAUUUUUAACUAGGUUAUUGAUACUAUCUAAUUAUUUUUCCUGUACAUCCUCAAUUAUAAAACAUACAUAAUGUGUCAAAUCCAAAGAGAUCCAGAGAGAAUGCAUUGUUCUGUGAGGAUAAACACAGGAUAAUUCAACUAGUCCCUGGAUUUUAAUCAUUAUCACAAUUAUUUUAAUAUUUUUAUCAUUUUUAUGGCGUUUUUAAUAUCUAAUUUUAUUGUGGAAAUUUUUUUUUUCACUGCCCAACUUUUUAGCAACAUUAUUGGUUCUGUUAAUCGUACGUGACAAAAGAGAUAUUUAUGUAUAACGAGAGAAAUUUUAAAAGUAUAAAAUCAUGAAAGAAAUCGCCUAAGUCUAUCUGUAUCGCUGAUUGUUAACUAAUGUCCAGUGUUAUUCGCUUGAAUGACCUCAUUUUUAAACAUCACAUGUUUUCCGAUUGUGCCAAUAAGAAAAUCGUUAAGUCAAUGAAUUGUAUACAUAGAUAUAAAUUUUAAUGUACAUAUAAAAAAUACACUAUUUUAUUUCUCAACCACAAA